CCCCAGGGAACCAGGUUUAGAAUGUUGAGAGUUGCAGAGUUCGGAGCCGAACUCUUUCGCGGGGCGGGCGGCGGUCAUGGUGUCUCCUCGCGUGUGGGUGAACAAGCUGGGCUCCGCGCUGCCCUUGCUGUGGGCGCUUUGGGAUCUCCACUACGAGGGAGCAGAAUGUGGAAUAAACGCAGAAGUAGAAAAGCAGCUCGAAAUGGGAAAGAAGCUGUUAGCUGCUGGACAACUGGCAGAUGCUUUGUCUCAUUUCCAUGCUGCCCUAGAAGGGGACCCUGAUAACUACUUUGCCUAUUACAGAAGAGCCACAGUAUAUUUGGCCAUGGGCAAAUCUAAAGCUGCCAUUCGCGACUUAAGCAAGGUGGUUGAGUUAAAACAGGAUUUCACAAUGGCAAGGCUACAAAGAGGACAACUGCUUCUUAAGCAGGGAAAGUUUGAUGAAGCAGGAGAGGACUUUAGAAGAGUGCUCCAAUCUAAUCCUAGUGAUAAGGAGGAAACAGAUGCUCGCUCCCAGCUGCUGAAGUCUGAUGAGAUGCAGCGCCUGUGUUCCCAAGCACAGUCUGAGUAUCGCCAAGGGAAUUACUAUGCUGCUAUCGGCUUCUUGGAUGAAAUUCUGGACGUUUCCGUUUGGGCUGCGGACCUGCGUGAGCUUCGAGCCGAAUGCUACAUCCAGAAUGGAGAACCCGGGAAGGCCAUUAAUGAUUUAAAAGCUGCCUCCAAACUGAAGAGUGAUAAUACUGAAGCAUUCUAUAAACUCAGCACUAUAUACUACCAGCUAGGAGAUCAUGAAUUGUCUCUAAGUGAAGUUCGUGAAUGCUUGAAGCUUGAUCAAGACCACAAGGAGUGCUUUUCUCAUUACAAGCAAGUGAAGAAAUUAAACAAACAGAUCUUGACAGCAGAAGAACUCAUCCAAGAAGGCAGAUACCAGGAUGCCAUUGACAAAUAUGAGACUGUGAUGAAAACGGAGCCCAAAGUUUCUGCUUAUACUUUACACGCCAAAGAGAGAAUCUGUCACUGCCUCUCCAAGAACCAGGAGUCAAUUGAAGCCAUCAGGCUCUGCACUGAAGUUCUGCAACUGGAACGAGACAAUGUGGAUGCCCUCAAAGCCAGAGCCGAAGCAUAUCUGCUAGAAGAGCAGUACGAGGAAGCCAUUAAGGAUUACGAAGCUGCAAAGGAGCAGAACGACAAUGAUCAAGAGAUCCUGGAAGGCUUGGAGAGAGCACAGAGGAUGCUGAAGCAGUCUCAGAAGAGAGAUUACUACAAAAUUUUGGGAGUGAAACGGAAUGCCAGAAAACAAGAAAUUGUAAAAGCCUAUAGGAAGCUAGCAAUGCAGUGGCAUCCGGAUAACUUCCAGGAUGAAGAAGAGAAGAAGAAAGCAGAGAAAAAGUUCAUUGAUAUAGCAGCAGCCAAAGAAGUCCUCACUGAUCCAGAAAUGCGACGGAAGUUCGAUGCAGGAGAAGACCCAUUGGAUGCAGAAAGCCAACAGAAUGGAGGAAACCCUUUCCACGGAGGCUGGAAUACAUGGCAGGGAUUUGAUCCUUUUAGUUCUGGAGGACCCUUUAAAUUUAAGUUCCACUUCAGUUAGAAAACCUCUUUUCCUCCCUCCCUGUUCUGCUUCUAUGAGUUUGAUUUUAUUUUUUAUUUCUAAGUAACUUAAAACAGAGACAUCUUUGAACAAGAACUUGAAUAAAAACUAGCCCUUCUGUGAUGGAAGGGUAAAAUACUGGAUACCAGAAUGUGACACAGCAGCAGCCCUGUUAGUCCUACUUGGUUUUAUAUUUCAGGAUGUCAGAUUUCAACCCUUUACUAAAGAUGUGGAAGAAUAGUUAAGACUGCAGUCCUUGGCCUCUUUUCAUAAGCAAUUCUAAACCUUUAGUCCAAGACAAACUCAUGUCAAAGAAAACAUUUUAUUCAAGAAAGCACUUUAAACUUUAGCAUACUUUUUAAUGACUUUUGUAGGACUCUGAUUUGUUUGUAGAAAUGAUGAGAAAGAACAAUAUUUUUCAGUAUAAAUGCCAAUAUUUUGAUUGACUGCUCUUUGGGAGCCACUGGAGGGAUCUUCCCUGUCACCCUUGCAAGCUCUCAUCUUAUCAGAAUCUCUUGAGUUGUGAUGCAGGUCUGCCCUUGCAAUAAGGAAAAUCCCAGCAGGUCUUGAGCUUACUUAGACCUUCCCUGGGAGUUAGCAUAAUAACGUCUUUGAUGUUACAAUUUAGGAUGCCGUGAUGAUCGUGCCUUAGCAAGGCUGCAUUCAGACAAAUAACUAUGGUUAAGAAAAAUGUGCACAGACUCAAAUUGUUUCUGAUCUUGCAUAUGAACCUCGCUUCUCCUGUUUCUUUCUCUUCCCAAAAAUCAGUUAAAAGCUAACUCCUGUUGCCUGCUUUGUAGACAUAGAGAUGUGCACGCUAAGCAGAGCUAGCGGACUCCUCACUUGCUAGGAUCCUGAACCCAGAUUUAAUUCUAGUGUAGAAUCAAGGGGCAAAUCCCCACUGAAAAAAUAAACCUGUCUCCUCCCCCCUCUGUUUCAAUAAAAUAUAGCACCUUUUUAUUGCGAUUUCUCCCUCCCCACCACAAUGUGGGGGCUCAAAGUUAAUCCCGGCAUCAAACAAUGCAACUAUUUCCCCUGAACCCACCAUCUGCUCUGAGGCUCUUUUGUUCUUUGUUCUGAUUGGCUGUUGUGUUGGGAAAAGACGGGAACAAUACCCCUCCCCUCUGUUUUUUUUUUCGUGCAGCUUCAUAGUAGCGCAAGUAGUCUUUUUUACCUCAUGCCAGCUAUGGCAACUCCCGUUGUUGCUACGCAUGUAUGCUUGCUUGCUCCCCCUCUCUUUGCAGGAGCGUGUCUUCGUAGCCACGACCAGCACAUACUCACACACAAAAAGGCGUUAGAGUAGACUGAACAUUGAAUUACUAUUGUGCCAGUUCUGCACAAUUUUCACAAACUGUUGUGAAAAUCUAAGCUUGCUGUGAAAAUGCUGCUUAGGGAUAUACCUGGGAAAUCUCCAAAGAUGACUAAUGCCAAAAGGAUACUUUCAUUUAUUUGUAGCUUCACAGGAAUAACUUGGGCCUUCCUGUCAUGGAUGUAGAUGUCGCACAGGAGCAGUGCUCUCAGUGCAUGUGUUUUGAACAAUACUUAAAACACUUUAUUCCUUUUAGGACCAUAAUCAAAAGUGCAGGAGCCCGGGGUAGAGAGUAAUCUUUGCUUUCUGCUGCAAUCCUAAACAGAGUUACAAGGGAGUAGGCACCACUGAGCUCAGUGGAGCCUGUUGCUGAGUGAACAUGCUCAGGCUUGCUGUGUUUUGGGCCUGACAAGUAGGUUCAUUGACAAGUUCUAUAUUGCGUGGACUUUGCUGCACGUGGUUUUUUGAGUAUAAUUGUUGCCAAGGCACCAUUAACAACUGCAAAUUAGAUUGAUCCAAGAGUUCUUCAAGCCUAGUUUUGUAAUCACAUCAGUAUAAACCAGCCUGUCUCAAUUAACACAAGCCACUGCAGUAGAUAAAUGCUGUCCAAAUGUUUGUAAAGAUCCAAUUUUUUAAAAAAUGGAACAAAAAAGGACAAUGCUAUGGAGCUAAGGAGUUCUUUUGAAGAUAAGAAGUUUGAACACAUGCUUCCUUAGCUAAACAGUGUACUGGCAGUAGCAAUUUUGAUUAAAGCUGUUUCCUACUUUUAUCAACAAGUUUCAAGCUUCUGUUAACACCAGUAAGCUUAUCUUAUGUGUGUUAGAGAGAAACCAGAUUAAUAUAAAGCAGAGUGCCAUAUUUUUACCAUUGGUUGCAUGUCACAGAACCUUCUCCACUGUACCAGUGUUUACAUGUGCUUGUAUUUAAUAGGAUGACGGUGGGAGGAGAGAAUAGAUGGAUGGAAAAUGCAUUCAUUUCUCCUCUUAGGAGUAAUUCAGCCAUUGUUCUCCAGGUUGCUAUAGAAAAAUAUUGGUAUUUAUUAUUAAAUGCCUUAAAUGUUAA